AUGCCUGACUCCCCUCAUACUCUUGCUUCCUUAGAGGAUGCCAUUCUUAAGUUGGCCGCGCGGCAAUUGUCCAUGGGUGAGACCCUACAAACGGUCACCUUCCAGCUCACCGAAAUCCUCCAUCGUCUUCCUUCUCCGGCUCCCACCACAGGUCCUACCGCGGCUACCCCUACUUCAUCUUCCUUACCUGCACACCAGCACAUAAUUAAAAUUGAUGUUCCUCGAUUUGAUGGGAGUGACCCCUCUGGGUGGAUCUUCAAGAUCACCCAGUACUUCGAGUACCAUUCCACCCCAGAGGCAGAGCGACUUACCAUUGCUGCGUUCUACAUGGACGGCCGUGCGUUGGCUUGGUUCCAGUGGAUGAACGGCAAUGGCCAAUUCACGUCGUGGCCUGCCUUUCUUCAAGCCGUUCAGACCAGGUUCGCUCCUUCCCAGUACGAGGACCCCAUCGGCGUCCUGUUCAAGUUGACUCAGAAGGGUACCGUGAACCAGUACCUCGCUGAAUUCGAAGAACUGGCAAACCGCAUCGUCGGACUUCCUCCACCCUUUUUGCUGAGCUGCUUCGUAUCGGGGUUGUCGCUGGAAAUCCGUCGCGAAGUCCAAGCCCACCAACCCCUGACACUUGUCCAGGCGGCGGGGCUGGCUCGCCUGCAGGAGGAAAAGUUCCUCGAUGGCCGCCACCUCUCCCGCACUCGUCAACCCCCCACCAUACAUGCCCAUCCUCAACCCCAACAGCCUCAUCCUCAACCCAACCCCACCCACCUCGGCCCUCUUUCUCUCCAUCAGAACCCUAAUUCCCCUAUGCCCAUACGUUCGGUCCCUACCCCACCUAUGUUACCCCCACCUCCGUGCCCUACCCCUUCCCCUGUGAAACGCCUCACCCCGGAGGAAAUUGCCUCUCGCCGGGAGCAAGGGCUGUGUUUCACGUGCGACGAGAAAUACCACAGAGGGCAUCACUGCGCCUCUAGGGCAUUUCUUCUGGUCGCUAAGGAAGACGACCCUCUUCCAGCCCUUAUAAAUCCCCCUGACCCGCAGCCCGACCCAGCCCCACCUGACCCGAGUGACCCGUACCCGGCCCAGAUUAGUUUUAAUUCUUUAGCUGGACAAGUGGCCCCCGAAAUGCUGCGUUUCAUGGGCUUCAUCGGAGACCGUCAGGUCGUCUUGCUGGUGGACGAUGGGAGUACCCACAACUUCAUCCAGCUGCAGCUGGUUUCAGAGUUGGGUCUCUCCACACGUGACACGCGCCCCCUGCGUGUCAUGGUUGGCAACGGACAACAAUUUGAAUGUGCGCGCGUCUGCGAAGAUGUCUCGGUGGUUAUUCAGAGCACUCAUUUCACUGUUGACCUGCAUAUGUUGCCCAUUGCCGGCGCAAACGUAGUUCUGGGGGUACAAUGGUUGAAGUCCCUCGGGCCAGUCCUCACCGACUAUAACACGCUAUGUAUGAAGUUCUUUCAUGCUGACAAUUUGGUCGAAUUAAAAGGAGACACUGAGACCACUUUAAACUUCAUUUCCUCCACCCAAUUCCAUCGUCUCCGACGACACCAACCAACUAGUCUUUACUUCCAUGUUGCCAUUUUACCAGAGCCCCCUUCCAUCCAAGCCAGUCCUACUUCUCUUCCACAAAUUCAGGCCCUCCUCGACCGUUACCACUCCCUAUUUCAACCACCCAGUGCCUUGCCCCCGCAACGGGAGACCGACCAUCAUAUCCAUCUCCUUCCCCAAGCCACACCCGUAAAUGUCCGCCCCUAUCGUUACCCCCACUUCCAGAAGCAGGAGAUUGAGCAACAAGUUGAACUUAUGCUACAGAAGGGACUGAUACGUCCCAGCAAUAGCCCCUUUUCAUCUCCGGUCUUGCUUGUCAAGAAGCAAGAUGGAUCAUGGAGAUUUUGCGUGGACUAUCGGGCGCUUAAUGCUCUCACCAUUAAAGACAGGUUCCCAAUACCUACUGUAGACGAAUUGUUAGAUGAAUUAGGGGGUGCUCAUUAUUUUUCCAAGCUCGAUUUACUUCAGGGGUACCAUCAAAUUCGUAUGUGCCCAGAAGACAUUUCGAAAACCGCUUUCAGAACCCAUCACGACCAUUACGAAUUUCGCGUAAUGUCGUUUGGGCUAUGCAAUGCCCCCUCCUCAUUUCAAGCUACGAUGAACGCAAUCUUUCGGCCAUAUCUCAGGCGCUUCAUUAUUGUCUUCUUUGAUGACAUAUUGGUCUACAGCGCGUCUUUGACAGAGCAUCUUAAUCACCUUGAAAUCACCUUCCAGAACCGAGUAGAGUACCUGAGCCAUAUCGUGUCGUCGGAGGGAGUAAAGCCUGUCACCUCGAAGGUUGAGGCCAUCAUGCAUUGGCCCAGUCCCCAUUUGAUUAAAGCAGUUAGAAGUUUUUUGGGGCUCGCCGGUUUCUAUAGGCGUUUCAUCAGAGGUUAUGCUACCAUAGCUGCCCCUCUAGUCCACAUCACCACAAAAGCCCAAUUUUUGUGGACAGAUAAAGCCCAGGAAGCAUUUGAGAAACUGAAACUUGCGGUUUCAACUGCCCCUGUGUUAUCCUUGCCGGAUUUUGAGCAACCCUUCACCGUCGAGACUGAUGCCUCCGGUGUGGGGAUGGGAGUCGUCUUAUCUCAACAGGGCCACCCUUUGGCUUUCUUUAGCAAGCCUUUUCCCAAGAAACUCUUGAGCGCAUCCACUUAUGUGAGGGAAUUAUUUGUCGUCACGACAGCGGUUAAGAAGUGGAGGCAGUAUUUAUUGGGCCACCGCUUCACCAUCGUCACGGACCAUAGAAGCCUGAAGGAAUUAUUAACACAGCUUAUACAGACCCCAGAGCAACAUACGUAUUUAGCAAGACUGAUGGGAUAUGACUACCAUAUAAUUCAUUGUUUUGGAGCUUUGAAUCAAGCUGCCAAUGCUCUUUCGCGCUUGCCGGAGCAUACUUCCUCACUGAUGAUGUUAUCGGUACCCUGUCUCACUUUCAUGGAGGAGCUUCGCCGGCAGUUGGAAGCUUCCCCUGAAUAUGUGAAUCAGAGGCAAGCAAUUAAUGAAUCUCCCACCACAUUUCCAAGUUGCAUAUCGAUUAGAGCUUAUGAAAUCCCUGGAAUUCGAGGACCAGGGAAACCUCCACAACCAAGUUUGAGAAGAAGGUGA